AUGUUUAGGCAAUUUGAACUUCUGGCCCAUUGGCUUGGGGCUUGGGCUCUUGAAACUAGGGUUUUUAAGCAUCUAAUCAGGCUUCAUAGUUAUGGCCAUCACAGGAGAGCAUUCAGCAAUUUCCCAUUCUUCCAUUUCUCUUCCCCAAUAUCAUUCCCUAGCUUCAAUCCAAGGGCAUUAUCAAACCGGUUUUCCGGCGUGGUAAGCCGCAGCGUGGUCCCGGAAAAGCCCCCCACCGCCCUAUCUGUCGAUUUUGUAGAACCAACCGAACUCCAAACCGACAGUAGCGGCGGUGGCGGUGGUGGUGGUGGUGAAGGAAGCGACAACAACUGGGGUGGUGGAAGCGGCGGUGGCGGUGGUGGAGAGGGUGGAGGAGCACCGGAAGAGAAUCAAGAACCGAAAAAGAUGGGCAUGUCGAUGUCUCAGAAGCUAACACUGGGGUAUGCCGCCUUGGUUGGGUUGGGCGGUGUGAUGGGGUUUUUGAAGAGCGGAAGCCAGAAAUCUUUAAUUUCCGGCGGGAUAUCGGCGGCUUUAUUGCUGUUUGUUUACACACAGUUGCCGGUGAAUCCUGUGUUUGCAUCGUGUGUUGGACUUGGUUUGUCUGGUGCUCUUUUGGGAGUGAUGGGAAUGCGGUUUAAGAAGUCGGGUAAAGUUUUUCCGGCGGGUGUUGUGUCGGUGGUGUCAUUUGUAAUGACUGGAGGCUACUUACAUGGUGUCAUGCGCAGUUUUCAUUAA